AUGGCUGGGUCAAGUGGUGGUGAAUUGAGAGCACCAGUUUUCAAUGGUGAGAACUACGAUUUCUGGAGUAUACGGAUGAAGACCAUCUUCAAAUCUCAUGGACUGUGGGAUUUGGUGAUAAAGGGAUUCGAUAGUACAGAUCUGAAGAAGUCAGAUGAAUCUGAUGCUAAGAAAAAGGAAAAAGAAGAAUCAAGUGGUAUUGGAAAAGACACGUUUGCUAUGGUACUCAUGAAGGAUGCUAAGACUCUGGGAUUGAUUCAAGGAGCAGUUUCAGAUGAGAUAUUCCACGAAUCUCUCAUGAGGAGACAUCAAAAGGUGCCUGGAACAUUCUGCAGCAAGAAUACCAUGGAGAUAAGCAGUACAGGAUCAUUGAAGAGUUUUGAAUUAAGGCUGGACAGACAUUCUGAAAACAAAACUGAGAAGGCAUUUGCUAGUCUCAGUGUGGAUGCCAAAUCAGUUAAAGCUGGUGAUCAAAAUUCUAAGCAAAAUAAGAGUUGGAAAACAAAAGGCAAGAAGUGGGAUAACAAAACAAAUGAUGGUGCUAAAAAUCCUUGCAAGCACUGUGGCAAAUUACAUUUUGGAGAGUGUCGAUUCAAGGGCAAACCAAAGUGUUUCAACUGUGACAAAUUUGGGCACAUAGCCAAAGAUUGUUACAGUAAGAAACCAACACAGCAAGUCAAUUAUGCUAACCAAGUAGAUGCUACUCCAACUAUGUUUUAUGCUAGCAAUAAAACUGAUGCUAGUAUAAAAGGAGGUGAUGAGGUAUGGUACUUGGACAAGGGAUGUAGCAAUCAUAUGACAGGAAGGGAGGAUCUACUUGUUGACAUUGACAGAAAUGUGACUGCAAAAGUUGAAAUGGGAACUGGACAGCUUGUUGAAGUCACUGGUAAGGGCAGUCUUGUGGUUGAAACCAAAAUGGGCAAGAAAUACAUCAAAGAAGUUAUGCUUGUACUUGGUUUGAAAGAAAACUUACUCAGUGUGGGCUAG